UGCAGUGCAGUCUCGCCGAGGGACUUUGGAUAGACUCAGAGGAGUUCAACGCUUCACAAUAGGCCUGUUGUUUUGGUUUUAUUUUGGGGAGUUUAUGUUUUAUUUUCAAACUUGUAUUUCAACUUACAUUUACACUUUAGUCAUUUAGCAGACGCUCUUAUCCAGAGCGACUCAUAGUUAGUGAGGGCAUACAUUUUUCAACUUACUAGGCCUUUCUUACAAGUCUCCACUUUUUCUGGAGGUUUUUAUUAGGGGGUGAAGGAGGGCCGUGCAGGAUGAAUGGAACAACUUCUGAGAAGGCAGCAUCGAGCCUGUCGUCUGAUCUCCACGCCACACUGAGCUGUCACCCGGGCGCCAAGGAUUUGCCGACGCUGCCAAAAUCCUCUGCCAUGGGGUUCUACAGCGGCCAGACGACGCACAGCCACCACGACAACUACCCCAGCCACGGCCAGUCCUACUCGCAACCAAUGAAGCCAUACUCGUAUCAUCACCACUACAAUAUCCAUGGGAUGGCGCUCUCGGGGGCCUACAUUGCCAACUCGGAAUACCCUUAUCCCCACACGCAAUACGCUCAUUAUACCCGGGACAUACAGUCACAUCUCCAAGAUAUCGAGGAACCAGAGCCUGAGGUGAGAAUGGUCAAUGGAAAGCCUAGAAAAAUCAGAAAACCUCGCACUAUAUAUUCUAGUUACCAGCUCGCUGCGUUGCAACAUCGCUUCCAGGGAGCUCAGUAUUUGUCUCUUCCUGAGAGAGCCGAACUAGCGGCUCAACUUGGCGUGACACAAACACAGGUCAAGAUCUGGUUCCAGAAUCGGCGUUCCAAAUUCAAGAAGUUGUACACGAACGGGGAAGUUCCACUGGACCACAGCCCUGGAGCCAGUGACUCUAUGUCCUGCAAUUCACCCCCAUCCCCUGAUAUUUGGGACAGUAGUGUACCCACAGACCCAGCCACUAGAGAGCAGGCUCUCCAGCCCUCCCUCAGCUCCUCUCUAUGUUAUGUGGAGGACUACACUCAACACUGGUAUCAACAGACCUCACAGACACGCUCACAGCACUCAGGACUGGUUCUUCAGCACACAACACCACCAAAGAAUAUGGGGGCGGUGUACUAACACAAAAUGUAUCGGUACAAACUGUGGUCCAGCAACAUGGCCGCUCAUUGGAAAAAAAGCCUAGAGGGCUAUGUUGGGAUUUGUGUGCCAAUACAGAGGGCUGAAGUUCACGGACAAGUUGGGAAACAUGCACAAGGACUUGUUGUCUCAGUUGUUCCUUUUGGAUUCAAAACAGAGGAACUGUAUACAAAAAGAAUGGACAAAUCCAAAUCCAUGUUCUGUUUAGAUAGAGUGAUGAGUUGCUAAUGUUAUCAGUGGCUCAUUUCACUCUGUUGGAGAGAUUUGAUAUGAGAAUGGAUGGAAUAGCAACCUAUUUGGUGGCACUUUCCUUUACAGUGGUCCACUGUGGGACCUUUAACUGAACAAUGAAAAAGGUCCUUUCAGAUUCUUUGAUCCAUAGCUAUAAAUAUAUACUGUCAGUGCAUUCAACACCCUUUGUUUCUUCACAAUAUGAAACACACACAGAUACAUGGAAGUACUGUGUACCAUUUUCAUACAUUUAUAUACAUUAUACUUGCCAUAUGUUGCAUUUAUAUAGAUGUAAUUAAGGCUCAAUUCACAUAUUGAGCCAUACACAUUUUUAUUUCACAAUGCAUCAAAACAAAACAUCUCUUGGAAGUUGUAGAGAACUACAGUGGCUUGCGAAAGUAUUCAUAGCAAAGGGCAAAUAGCAAAUACAUA